GCACUGGCCCGCACCAUGGGCUCCGUCUUGGAGCUCGCCUGCAUCUACUCAGGCCUCAUCCUGCACGACGAUGAGGUGACGGUCACAGAGGAUAAGAUCAAUGCCCUCAUUAAAGCAGCUGGUGUAAAUGUUGAACCUUUCUGGCCAGGCUUGUUUUCAAAGGCUUUGGCCAAUGUCAACAUCGGGAGCCUCAUCUGCAAUGUGGGGGCAGGUGGACCUGCCCCAGCAGCUGGUGCUGCACUAGCAGGAGGUCCUUCCCCCUCCACCACUGCUGCCCCAGCUGAGGAGAGUAAGUGGAAUAAAAGAAAGAGAAUCUGAAGAGUCUGAUGAUGA